GUCAUACCAGCGAGCGCUCAAGCUUGAUUCGUCCUCCCAUCGAGAACCGAAGCGGGGAUCACUAUCGGGUUGCACGUAUUUCGGAAAGGAAAGAAUACAGGCCUCCCAUCGUCUCUGGCUCGAUCACACGCAUAAGCCACCAUGAGUUCCGAUGCUGCAACUGUGUCCGGCAAGACGUGCUCUCGCUGUCGUAACCAUGGCAUGCGCGUAGUCCUGAAGGGGCACAAGAGGCAGUGCCCGCACCGCUACUGCACCUGCGACCGCUGCGACCUGGUCACCAUGCGAAGGCAGAUACUGGCCGAGGAGGCGUCCAUUCAGAAAAAGCAGGAGGCUGAGUCCAGUCUGCUGGCUGCCGGCAGACUCUGUGGCCAAGAUAAUUUGGACAGCCGAAAGCUUUCCGACUUGCUGAAGCAGCACAAGAGCGCCGUGAAGAAGUACCAGAAGUACAUCUUACUCCGGCCGAACACAUUCGGUGAUGAUCAUCCAAAGCCCAAGAUUCCGAAAUGUAAGAUCACCGCGACACCGAUGCCGUUGGUUCUCCUGUUGUGUAAUUUUGUAAGCAGAUUAAGCAGAAAAUUAUACUCGAUAAAUUGUUAACGUUUUAGGGUUUUACAUUAAGCUAUGCAUGCCGAACGACCGAGGAGGCGCCUUGAGGCGUCGCCAACGGCGAGAUAUACAGUUUCAAUCCACAACAGCUGCAUGUGACUUCUUUAUUUGUAUAACUGAGCGAAUCUAUUCUGACGAAAAUUUAAGACGUUACCGUACAGUGCGGCAUUACUUUAAGGUAGUUGCGAAGCACUGCAUAGUUUCUGAUGACUAACUGCAGUUCGUGAGUUUCACGUAGGGAGUAUAUAGUUUAAAGCCUCUAUAACAUGAACGUUCGCACUAAGGA